UUUUUGACCUUCGCGUUGUCACUAGCCGUGCCAAAUAUCCCGAGCGCCAGUAUGGUUCUCGUUGUCACGGUGCUCUCGUCUAUUGGCAUUCCCACCGAGGGGGCUGGAUUACUCUUUGCCAUGGAAUGGCUCUUGGAUCGUUGCCGGUCUGGAAGUGGCGCUCUUUCCAUCAUGUACAUUGCUGCGACAACACAGGCCAUCUACGAUCGUACACAACGAGGUGACAGGGAGGCGGAAUUGGAGAGCAGUGUAGCAGCCGGAUCAGUCGAAAACGACAAGGAAAACUUGCCCGUCUAG